AUGAGCUGUAUCUCCCGGUCAAAGUCACAGGUCACAGACGGCAAUAGACGUCGACGGAAAAACGCAUGUGAUGCUGAUAACGAAGUACUCAAAGAGAGUGGAAGUACGCCCAUGGCGUCAUCGGACAGUGGCGUUGAAUCUGCUGCAGAAGUUGACUUGACGGAGAUGAAGGCGACAGACUCUCCGAUGUCUCGCGGAGCGUCGUCGCCUCACGAUCGGUACGAUCUCCUGCUCUGUGGCGAUUGUCAUGCCCAGUUUCCAAUCGCUCAUUUUAGCACAUUCAUUGAGCAUAAGUCGCGCUGUGUGCGUUCAUCUUCGGCAAACCCGCUGAUGAUCGACUACCACAUGCACAACAUGGACGUCACCACCGAUACGGACGAUCUCGGUAGGAACCUUAUCAUAGCACUUGCAGACUGUGCGCGAGACCAUUGA